AUGACUUUGUUCCCCACCAAGUUUGAAAAUGGGAAGAUUGAGUACAAGAUAAGGUACAAGGGGAGAUCAAGGCCAUUCUCUAGAGCCAAGGCCUUGGUGACUUCAGAACAGUCCAGGGACCCAACCAAGCUAAAGGAGCUUCUGUCUCAAGUCCUCACUAUCACCCUUGAUGAUGAUCAAAGAAUGGAAGAGUCUGAUGCAGAGGAGUAUGUCUACUCUGAGGAACAGUCUGAGAGUGAGAGAUUGAGGGAAGAAAGGAGAACCAAGAAGAGGAAUGACCCUAUUAGUAGUGAGAGUGAGCAAGGAGAGUUUGAGAUUGGAGUGAACCUUGUUCAAGAGGAGGGAAAUGGUCUCCAAAUGAGGAAGGCAGUGAGGAAACUGAGAGUGAAGAGGAAGGAGAAGAGGUGA